AUGCCUGAAGCGUCAGGGAAUACUCCUAACCCAGUAGACUUCAUGGCUGCUUUAGGCAAUAUGGCAGCAACAAUGCAAGCGACAGCUGAAGCCUUGGGAAAUCAAAUUAAUAAUGGAAACAAUGGCAAUAAUGGUGAUAAUGGUCCAAUGUCGCUCUCUUCCUUCUUGAAGGUUCACCCUCCGACUUUCAGAGGAACCUCAAUCCUACUGAUGCUGAUAACUGGAUACAGGCUAUUGAGCAGGCAUUACAUGCUUAGCAGGUUCCUGAUGAACAGUGAGUUGUGUUUGGAACCUACCAGCUGCAUGGUGAAGCUUAGCAUUGGUGGUAGGGGUCAGAUGACCAUCACUGAGUACACAAGUAAAUUUGAGGAAUUGUGCCGCUUUUCACACAUCUGUCAGGGAACUCGUGAGGACUUUGCUGAGUGGAAGUGCAUAAAGUAUGAAGGAGGCCUUUGGAGUGACAUUCAGAGCUUUGUAGCACCUAUGGAGAUUCGGGUGUUCUCUGAACUUGUGAAUAAGAGCAGGGUGGCUAAGGAUUUUGUCAGAAGGGCAGCAGCAGAAAAAGGGAGUAUGAGGAUGCCAUUCCAGAGGACCAUAGGGAGGAAUUUUGCACUUAGGGGCAGACAGUUUAAGCAUGGCGGCUUUGUCCCUCAAAACAAUCAGGGACAAGGCAACUUCAAGAGGCCUAAUACCAAUGCUAAUCAGGGAAGGAGACAGGGGAAGCAGCCACAGAAGGAUAUGAGUUGCCACAGAUAUGGGAAGUAUCAUUCAGGGCCAUGCAGGUUUGAGAUCGGAGUCUGUUAUUCCUGUGGACAGCCUGGACACUUGGCUAACAGUUGCCCAGAGAAGAAGAGGUAUGAGACAGGCUGA